GGAUGGGUGGGAAGCCAUCGUGCGGAACAGCUGCUCCAUCGAAUUAUCACCCGCCUAAUCGGGCCUGCCUGCUGCUUUGUAGUUGCCGCAGCUACCCCGAGUGGCAGAAGUGACGCCUGCUUCCGAGCGCCUAUUACUUUGAAAUGGCUGCGCGGAGGCGGAAGGAGAGAGAGGAGCGAGCUGAGCUGAGCUGAGCAGAGCAGAGCAGAGCCGUGCAGAGCCAAGCAGUCGGCCGGGGCUCGUUCGCUGGCGCACGCCGCACGGCGCGCGUCUCCGCUCCCUUCGCUUCCCGUCCCUUCCCUUCCCUCAGCUGGUUGUUGCGAUGAGGCGGAAGGAAAAGCGGCUGCUGCAGUUGGCCGGGCUGCUCGUCGCGGCUCUCCUCUUCCUCCCCAACGUCGGUCUGUGGUCCUUGUACCGGGACCGGGUGUACGACAGAGCGGCGGCGACGGCCACCGCGGCGGACGGCGGCUGGCGGACGCAGGGGGUGAAGCGGAUGAAGAAGGUCGUCCAGAUCGGGCCAGACGGCGUGCGACGGACGGACUGGCACGACUACGACGCCAUGCGAAGGGAUGCCGCUCGAGUUGGAAACGGCGAACAGGGAAAACCGUUCCCCAUGUCCGAGAGCGAUGGGGCGGAUCUGGCCUACAGGGAGAACGGCUUCAACAUCUACGUCAGCGACCGCAUCUCGCUCAACCGCUCCCUUCCGGACAUCCGCCACCCCAACUGUAAACGGAAGCUGUACGGCGAGAAGCUGCCCAGCACCAGCGUCAUCAUCCCCUUCCACAACGAGGGCUGGUCGUCGCUGCUCCGGACGGUCCACAGCGUCCUCAACCGCUCGCCUCCGGAGCUCAUCGCCGAGGUCAUCCUGGUGGACGACUUCAGCGACAAAGAGCACCUGAAGGGGCCGCUGGGGGAGUACAUGGACCGCCUGCCCAAAGUACGCAUCGUGAGGACCAAAAAGAGGGAAGGUCUGAUCCGGACCCGUCUGCUGGGCGCCGGCGCCGCCAAGGCGCAGGUCAUCACCUUCCUGGACUCGCACUGCGAGGCCAACGUCAACUGGCUGCCUCCGCUACUCGACCGGAUCGCCCAGGACCGGAAGACCAUCGUAUGCCCGAUGAUCGACGUGAUCGACCACGACAACUUUGGCUACGACGCGCAGGCGGGCGACGCCAUGCGCGGCGCCUUUGACUGGGAAAUGUACUACAAGCGCAUCCCCAUCCCCGCCCGCUUGCAGAAGGACGACCCCAGCGAGCCUUUUGAGUCUCCGGUGAUGGCGGGCGGGCUGUUUGCCGUGGACAAGAAGUGGUUCUGGGAGCUGGGCGGCUACGACGCCGGACUGGAAAUCUGGGGAGGGGAGCAGUACGAGAUCUCCUUCAAGUUGUGGAUGUGCGGCGGUCGCAUGGAGGACAUCCCGUGCUCCAGGGUGGGACACGUCUACAGGAAGUACGUGCCCUACAAGGUGCCCGGCGGGAUCAGCUUAGCCAAGAACCUGAAGCGCGUGGCCGAGGUGUGGAUGGACGAGUACGCCGAGCACGUGUACCGGCGCCGGCCCGAAUACCGCCACCUGUCCGCCGGCGACAUGACGGCGCAGAAGGAGCUGAGGAGCCGCAUGGGCUGCAAGAACUUCAAGUGGUUCAUGAGCGAGGUGGCCUGGGAUCUGCCCGAGCACUACCCGCCCGUGGAGCCCCCCGCCGCCGCCUGGGGCGAGAUCCGCAACGUGGGCAGCGGCAUGUGCAUGGAGGUCAAACACUUUGUGUCGGGCAGCCCCGUGCGCCUGGAGAACUGCGCCAAAAGCCGCGGCGACGUGGCCUGGAGUCACGGUCUUAACGCUGGGUUGGCGCCAGGACAUUCGCGUGGGCCACCCGGCGCACACCAGGAAGGUUUGCCUCGACGCCGUCUCCCACAGAAGCCUCGUGGCGCUCUACGACUGCCACGGCAUGAAGGGGAACCAGCUCUGGCGCUACCGCAAGGAUAAGAGCUUGUACCACCCGGUGAGCAACAGCUGCGUGGACAGCAGCCCCAGCGAGCGCCGCGUCUUCAUGAACGCCUGCGACGCAUCUUCGCUUAGUCAGCGGUGGCUCUUCGAAAGAACCA